CGCCGUUUAACACAACCGAACGGCGGAACGAAAGGGGUUCAGAACUGUGAAAAAAUCUUUCAUCUAGGAAAACAUGAAAAAAUUAUCUUUUCAACGCAUUAUCGUCCAGACUGUACUACUUUUUGUUUUUCCAUUCUACGGUUUGACUUCUUACAACUGCAAAUUUAAAUUCAAAAUAUGCGUUUAUUUCAUCUGUACACCAGUAAAUUUUGUGCCAGAUUCUUGUUCUCAUGAUUGUUUGUUCUAACAUUUGAUACGUCCCAAUAAUUUUUCUCUCGAAAGAACAAAACGUCGCGCAACAAACUCCAAGACGCUAGUCAACGAGUUAGGGUCGUUUUGUCGCGAGCAAAGAUUCAUCUGCAAGAGUUGAGGUGCUUUAACCUCUGCUACAUCACAAGACGGGGCGGAUGAUAUUAGGUAGUAGUCGUCAACAGUAGAA